AAGGAAAGGCUAGAAUUAAGAAAGAAGACACAUGCACGCGCAUGUCACGCCUUUAUAAGUGUCCUCCUCGUCUCUGUCUUUCCAUUCAUCUUCAAGUUUCUUCUCCUUCUUAAGCCGUCUCACUUUGCUCUCAUUACACACUUUCUCUCACUACACAUUCCCCCCUCUUCUCUCUCUACAAUUUCUAAACACAAAUUUACAUAAACACAAUGCAUAGCUGGGAUAAAUCUACGAGGCAGAGGAAAAAUCAAGCUAACCAAUCAUUUUCCUCGAGUCUUCUUGAUGAGAUCUACAGGGAGCUCGAUGGUGGCGUUGAUGAGAGGCGCAUGGAAAUUAUAAAGCAGAAUAAAGAAAGGAAUGUGAAGAAAUUGAGUAGUAGUGGUGGUUUUGGAGGCAGAGGGAAGGGGAGAAGUAGCGUUGAAAAUGAAGAGAUGAGUAGUUUGAAAAGAGCUUGUUUGUUGGAGAAAUGGAUGGAACAGAAGGUGAAUGAAAAGGCUUUGGCUAGAGGGAGAGGGUCAUUGGUGCAUGAUAAUGAUCCUUUGUUUUUUAGUUCUAGUUCUUGUUCUUCGGAUUCUAGUUUCGGAGGAUUCUCAUCCUCCGAGACAGAAUCUUUUGGUGUGGCAAAAAUAAAGAGGCCUCCCAUUCCCAAACCAAUUCGGACUGGUAGUCGAAUUGUUGGGAACUCUGUCGCUCAGAAUGAGCGACAAAGUGAGUUCUAUUUGUUUGAUGAUUAUCGUAAUCAUCAAACAAAUAAAAUAAACGAAGAUGGCAGUCGUUUGGUAAAGUCGAAGGCCCGUGCUCAAAAGAUUUACGCAAAUUUGAAGAAGAUCAAACAACCUAUCUCGCCAGGUGGCCGGCUCACGAGUUUUAUAAAUUCUAUCUUUACUAAUAGUAACCCCAAGAAAAGCAGAGAAUCACACCGCAAUGCCGGUAACUGUAGUGAAGUGAGUGGUGAUUGGAAGUCUAGGUCUGCUCAGACAUCUACAUGUUCAUCAGCCUCUUCGUUUUCAAGAUCAUGUUUGAGCAAGAAUUCCCCAAAUUCGAAGCAGAAACGCAACAAUGGGGUCCAAAGAUCGGUCAGAUUCUACCCGGUGAGCGUCAUAGUUGAUGAAGACAGUCGUCCUUGCGGCCACAAAUGCCUUUACGAAGAAGAGGUUGAGAAAUUUAAGAAUCCAAUUCCGUGUAGCCAGACCAAUCUGAAACAGCCAAUGCCGCCUGUUGUGGAUCACAGGAGCAAUGACGUUUCAAGGAAUUAUGAAAAAUCGAAGAAGAUUGAUUUUGCUGCUUCAAUUAAUCAGGAAGAGGAUUAUGAUUUUGAAGAUGAUUGUGCUAGUGAUUUGAGCUCGGACUUAUUUGAGCUUGAUCAUUUAGCAUCAUUUAAGGAUGAUAGGUUCUGCGAGGAUCUUCCGGUUUAUGAAACUACUCAUUUAGGGCUCAACCGUGCGAUAGCAAAUGGUUUGAUUCGUUAAGGUUUUUGUUUAGAAAUUUUCUGUUAUUUUAGGGGAUAAGCUAUCAAUUGGUAUAUCUUUUAUUGUGGUUA